AUGGGUCUGAAAGCCUCGGAAAUCCUCGCUCAUCCAGCAUACAGCACGGUGGAAUGGGAUCUGCCUCCGACCAGGAAAGGAUUCUGUGAAGUCGCCAAAGGAAGGCCCGGAGGUCCAUUCAAGAUCUAUUGGGAAGCUCACGGCUCAGGAGAUACCAAAUUGGUGUGGCUGAUGGGCCUCGGUGCAUACCGAACAGCCUGGAAACGCCAAACCAAAUACUUCGGCCACCAAAGAUCACAACGCUACUCGUCAUUCAUCUUCGACAACCGUGGAAUGGGUCUCAGUGACAAGCCCAGCUGCCGCUAUUCGACGUCCGAAAUGGCCAAAGAUGCACUCGAACUCCUCGCCCACAUCGGCUGGCUCCCUGCGAUAUCAUCAUCGUCUCACCACCUACCCAUGCGGCAUCUCCACGUCAUUGGCGUCAGCAUGGGCGGCAUGAUCGCACAGGAACUCGCCCUCAUGAUCCCACAACACAUCGCUUCCUUGACCCUAGUAUCAACCGCGCCCCGACUCGUGCGUACGGUCCCGUUCAUCCAAAACCUGCGUCAGCGUAUCAACAUGUUCAUCCCCCGCGAUAUUGACGUACAGCUCGACGAUAACUCGCACCGGAUGUUCAGCGACGAAUUCCUCGCCCUGCCGGAUACCGAGCAACCCGCGGACUCGGGGAAAAACUUUCCCACGAAUCGUGAUCGAUAUUGCGCCGGUGAACUGUCCAAGCGCUCCGACACCCAGGGUUUCACCAGAAAGGGAUUCAUGCUCCAGGCCAUUGCGGCUGGAUGGCAUUACAAGAGCCCAAGGCAGAUGGCGCAGAUUGGCGACGAGGUAGGCAGAGAGAGGAUCUCUGUUCUACACGGGACGGCGGAUCGUAUGGUGACGUUCCACCCGCACGCUGAGAUGUUGAAAGAGCAGCUGGGAGAGGGCAUUACGUACAAGGUCUGGGAGGGUAAAGGCCAUGUUCUGGUCUGGGAGGCGGAGGAGGAAUUUAAUCAGUUUCUCGAGGAUGUCUUUGAACGGUGGGCAAAGACUGAAGGGUAG